ACAUGCUCGGUCUGAGAUUCACAAAUGGCUACAGUUUCAAAAACUGGUAAAAGUACAAAAUUGCCCUCAUAUGUUCAUAGCCGUUAUAACCCGUUUGAAGACCCGAAUGCAAUUUAGGAUACAUCCGUCAUUUCCAAUUUCUCCCUCCCUCUCUCUGUAGAUUUCCACAUCAAACGAAAAAAUCCAUCAAAACACACAAACACGUACUCAAUCACUUUGAGUUCUCUUCUAGGGUUUCAAAAGCUUUAGCCAUGGCUUCCUCUUCUUCUAAACCUGAAGAAUUCGGUGGCGGCGGUGGCGGAAGAGGUGGAGAAAGCUCGGAAGCGGCGGCGUUCCCCUUAGACACUGAUAAACUUUUACUGUACAGAGGCCUGAAGAAAGCGAAGAAAGAGAGAGGUUGUACUGCGAAAGACCGCAUCAGUAAAAUGCCACCUUGCACCGCCGGAAAGCGCAGCUCCGUUUAUCGUGGUGUCACAAGGCAUAGAUGGACCGGUCGUUAUGAAGCUCAUCUUUGGGAUAAAAGUACCUGGAAUCAAAGCCAAAACAAGAAGGGAAAACAAGUUUACUUGGGGGCUUAUGACGACGAGGAAGCUGCAGCAAGAGCAUAUGAUCUUGCUGCUCUGAAAUAUUGGGGCCCUGGAACUCUCAUAAACUUUCCUUCAUCCCAGUUGGUUUUCUUUGCAUGUAUCAAUAAAGCUAAUUGGGGUCUGCAGGUGAAAGAUUAUACAAGAGACCUUGAAGAGAUGCAAAAUGUCUCAAGAGAGGAUUAUCUUGCAUCACUUCGAAGAAAGAGUAGUGGUUUCUCAAGAGGUAUCUCCAAAUACCGCCCCCUCUCCAGUCGAUGGGAUUCACAAUUUGGUCAUAUGCCUGAAGCUGCUUACUUCAACAACACACUCUAUGGUUCCGGUGAUGAGAGAAGCAUAGAAAGUGAGUAUGCAGGUGGUUUCUGCAUAGACAGGAAGAUUGAUUUGUCGAGUUACAUCAAAUGGUGGGGAGCAAACAAAUCCAGUCAGACUGACUCUCAUUCAAAGUCAUUAGACGAAACAAAACAUGGUUGUCCGGAAGACAUUGGUAGUGAGCUUAAAGCUCUAGAAAGGUCGAACAAGCCCACUGAACCCUAUGAGAUGCCCUGUCUAGGUUUGUCUCUGGAAGGAAAAAAGCAUAAAACAGUGUCUGCUAUGAACAUUUUGUCACAGUCAGCUGCAUACAAAAGCCUGCAAGAGAAUGCACUUAAAAAGAAAGAAAAGGAUGAAAAUGACGAGAAUGAAAACAAAAGUAGUAUAAAGAAAAUUGACCUUGGGAAGACGGAUGAGAAAUUCUGGCAUGAUGGUGAAAAUGAGAGACUUGGAGUUGCAUCUGGGAUAGCUGGAGGAUUAUCCAUGCAGAGAAAUGCAUAUCCACUAGCUCCUCUUUUGUCUGCACCACUUCUUACGAAUUAUAAUGCUAUUGAUCCCUUAACAGAUCCUGUUCUUUGGAGUUCUCUUGUUUCUGUUCUUCCUACUGGAUCUUCGCACACAACUGAGGUUAUGAAGAACGAAUCCAGCUCAGAUUAUACUUUCUUUCAGCAAGGAGAUUAACAAUUCACACUUGUUUCUGCAAUCAAGUUAAAACCGAUGCCUGCUUGAGAUUUAUUCGAAUCAAGCAAGGAAUUCCCAUGAGCAAACAUAGGAGAAGCUGAAAUGAGAACUGCUAGAAUUGUGUAUACUUUGUUCUUGUAAAUUAUUUAAUUAAUAUUAUGCUUUAUGUUUUAUUUC